UAGGUCAGGAUUUUAGAUUUUCAAAAAUAUUAUUGCUUUUUUGAAAAAGGACAAAUAAUAUCCCAUCAGUUCAACGAAGGUUGGUCGCCUCUCGCUCUCCCUCCUUACACAAACCCUAAUUUUUUCAGGAGCCCGAAAAUUCUCGAUCUUCAUUAUAAUCUCUGUUUGGUGCACGGUGGGCUGUUGUUGUUAUCCUCAGGUUAAAUGGAGGAAUCAGAGAAGAGAAGAGAAAGACUGAAAGCAAUGCGAAUGGAAGCUGCUCAGACCAAAGUUUCUGACACUGUUGAUACUUCUGCCAUGCCUGGUUACCUCUCUAAUCCAUUAGUUGAAGGAUCUGCUACUCUGCCAGUGCAGGAGGACUCUUGUGUGACUCCGAGAUUUGAUUUUUACACAGACCCUAUGUCAGCAUUCUCCAGUAACAAGAGGAGAAGUAAGGUCGGUAACCAGAUUCAGCAGGAUUAUUUAACACCUUCAAGUAAUAGUGGUUAUACGGCUACCAUGGCUCGGAUGUCAUCAUCUCUAUCUGCAGGACCAAGGAACUGUGAAAUGACCCCCUCUCCCAAUCCUCCAUUCCAACCCAAUUUUUCACCAGGUCAGGGAAUAAACCAAGCACAAGGUCUCUAUCACAGCUCUGGACCCUAUAGAAGCCCAAUAGAAAUGGCUAGUCCUUUUCCUGCUCAUCAAGGAACUCCUGGAGUCUGGAAUGGGUCUAAUGGCAUGCCUAGGUAUGGUGUUCCAUCUAAUUCACCAAGAGGUGGUAAUUUUCCUAGCCCUGGCUUCAGACCGGUAGGCAGCCCUAGUUUCAGAUCUGGGCGAGGCAGGGGUCACUGGUUCAACAAUAGCCCCAGCCCUGUUUCUGGACGUGGAGGCAGCUCCAGUCCUAAUUCUGGAAGAGGUAGGAGUGGCUGGUUUGGUAACAGCAUGAGUCCUGGUUCAGGGCGUGGCCGUGGGAGAGGGCUGGGUUUUCAUGCUCAUGUCUCUGCACAGGAUCGACCAGAGUUGUUCUACAACAAGUCCAUGGUAGAAGAUCCGUGGAAGUUCUUGAAGCCUGUCAUUUGGAGCAGAGAAAAAGCUUUAGGGAAGAUGGGAAAUGCCUCAGACUCUCCAAAGUCCUGGCUCCCAAAAUCUAUAAACAUGAAAAAAACAAGAGUUUCAGAAGCUACAAAUGAAUCCAGUUCUCAACAAAGCCUUGCAGAAUACCUGGCUGCCUCAUUCAAUGAAGCCGUGAAUGAUGCUUCUGGUACAUGAUAGUUUCCCUGAGUUUUAUGGAGAAGUACUUCUGCACUCUGCAGACGAUGGUCAAACAGUAGUUAAGCCAGCAUCUAUUGGAUCAAUCUGCCCAGAGCACCAAGAAGUUUCAUACCCCACUUCAGAAGUCAAGUUAUUUUGCUGGCAUUCAUUGAUUCUCAAAAUAUAUUAUCAGGACUCAGAAGGUUACCGACAACUGAUUUCACUCUAUCUAUCUAAUAUAGCAAGUUGACAUUUGUAUGUAAAGUUUUGUAAGUUCGGUUUCACAAUUACUGAAACUUUGGGCUGCCCCCUUUGUAUACUGCAUUUGAUGUUGAAUUUCUGCAAUUAGAUAACUCUGCAUUUUCUGA